UCUUGGAUUAUGUGGACAAGCUUUGAUUAUUGUCACAAUAGUAUAUUAAAAAUAUGUGAAAUUUACUACGAAAUUUUGAAGAAAUUGUUCGAAAUUGUCUAUCCGUGCAAAAGGCCACGUGUCAAAACUUCUGCGAACAUUCUCUAGCUGUUAUUUCGAUUCACCACACGCCCUAUUGCGUGUUAUUGGCACCGAACUCCAAACUCGAAGAUGGCGAGGCUGAGAAAGUUGAAAAUGAUAGUGCAUGUUUCCUAGUUUGACGAUGAGAAUAAUGAUGACUAUGGAUAGUUUGGGAUCUGACCACAGCCCACCAUUAAGCGAAAAUGCGGGUAGUUCUUGGACUCACUGGGAAAACGAAAUAAGCUCAAUUUCUGGCCUAAAUGCAGGCAGUAGUAAUGAAUUAUAUUGUUUAGUAGAAGAUAAAGACAUUGCAGCUCGUGCUGUAGCAUUUGUAGUUAAUAGUACCAGAAAGGGAAUAGUACCACUCUGUGCUGAUGUUGCCAAUUUACUUCGUUCGAAACGGAGUUUGGAGAAGAAGAUAUAUUUAAUGAAACGAGAAAAUGAAGCUUUGAGAUCAUCAACUUCAAUAAGUUUUCGUACUAGCCAUUCCACAAGUCCAGCUCCACCAUCUACUAGUUCCUACACUGAUAAAUCUUUACUACAUGACCAAACUACCAAUAUUCAGGAUCGAUCACGCCCGUGUUCACGAUGUAGCCAGUGCUCUAGUACCAUCAGUUAUUCUCCAAAAUUUGAAAAAACUUACAGUUUUAAAGGCACAGGACAUUUGAAUUCACCAUCACUUUAUCGUGACAGCAGACGACGUGGUUCCUCUAGAAGUCGCACCCAACAGCAACAGAAUGGAAUCACCACAACAACCACAGAAGCCAUUGUUCAUGGUCUUCCAUUAAAUUAUGUUGCUACAGAUUCUAAUGAUUCUCUACCACCUGUUAGUCGUAAAAACUCUCUCCCUGAGAUCAUUUCUCAACCAGACGGACAUAUCAAACGAAUAAGUCCACAAGUAUCUAAAGAGACACAGUGUACAUUACAAGAUAAUGUAGACCAUGAAGAAAACCUAACACAAACCCUGAAGUUAAACCAUAAACUAUCUGAAGAACUUACAUUUGCAAAAAAGGAAAUUGAAAGUUUGAAAGAUAAAUUAAGAGAGUUGGAGUUAAAUCAUGCAUUAAAGAAUACUACAGAUAGUAUUUUCAACAUAGAAAAUGAAAGUGAUGAUAAAAAACGAGAAAGCAGAAGGGAAAAACUGAAAGGAUCUGUAUUUAAACCAAUUGUAUUUAAAUCAGUACCAACAAGUUUGAAAAAGGGGAAAUCUCAAAAGGCAGAAUUGAGUUUAUCGACAGCUUUGUAUCCAGAGCCUCUAACUGGCUGUAAAUGUUCAGCUUGUGAAGAAUCUAUUGGUUAUAGUGAUAGAAUUAUUCUAGAUGAUGAUGUACAGAAAUUUACUGUUGGGUCUAAUUUGAGGAUACAGGUUGGAGAUCAUGUGAGUGAUAAAGAAAACCGAUCAGGAUAUAUAAAAUAUAUUGGACAUUUAGAUAGAAUCGGACAACCUAAUAUGUUGUUUGCUGGACUGGAGUUGGACCUAAAUGAAGGUUCUCAUGAUGGAUUUUUUAAUGGAAAAAGAUAUUUUUUCUGUAACAAAGACAAUGGUGUUCUUAUUCCACUUCAGGAUGUUGUUUCAAAAACUAAAACUUCAAAACACGGCUCAGAAAAGAAGAACACACCGAAGAUAUCUGAUCUGUAUAAGUUACGUCAUCAUACUUCUAAUAAGGCUAAAGCUGAAAGUAAAGAAGAAAGUUCUUCUUCUUCCAACAUAGAUAAGUAAGGAUGAUGGUUUGAUGUAAUUGUGUCUUUGUAUCUGUUUAUCAACAAUAUACUUCUGCUAAUCAGCAGGCUUUACAACAAUACAUUAUGAAAAAUAAAAAGACAAUCAAUAUUUCAGAUGAUGAAACUUUGGACUUCUGUUAUUUUCCUCAGUAUGUUGGAAAUUUAAAAUUUGAUCUUGGCUAAUGCAGUUAAGUUUGAAAGAUUGAGUAAUCUGGUACCCCAUUAUAAACCAGGAAAAAUAUUAGCUAUAUAAAUAAAAAGAUUUAUUCUGUGCUUUUGUUAUUACUGCAGCCUAAAAUAGCUCUAUUUAAAGUUUUAAUUAAAGUACUAGUAUAGCUUUUUUAUGUUAAUUUAAACUUUUCUAUGUGUGUAAAAGGUGUAAAUUAGUUUGAUAGUUCUCAAACAAUUUGUUCUUGUUUUAAUCCUGGACGUGUUGAUGAAUGUUGUUAUUUUAUCACACAGACAACCUGUAAUUAAGUAUGUAUUUGUGAGAAAUAGUUGUUUAACCUAUUUCGCAGAUUUAUCAAUACAACCAAAGAAUUCUAGGACUAAUUGACAGAGAUAAUUCUUAAAAACGAAUUUGAUGCAUCGUCUUUAUUUGUCACUAGUAACGCAAAAUAAUUUAUUUUAAAGGGACAAUCUUUUUAAAAAGUCCACACACAUUUACGAGAUAUACAGAGUAAAUAUCCCAUUUCUGUGAAGCACUCUGUGGUAUCUUCACUGAAAAUCAGAAAGCUGAACAGUUUAUUGUUAUAAAUAAUAAUUGUUAUUUAUUUGUAUUUAAUUGAAUUGAAAAUUACUCCAAUUAAAAAAGAACCACUGCAAGUUAAUUGAAAAUAAUAUUCUACCACCUUUCCAUACUGUGUUUUGAUAUGCAUUAUGAGGUAUUACUGGUUUGAUUAUUGUAUACCCUAGUUCUUGCCUGUCAAUGAAUUUACAGGACAUUAGAUUGUGUAAUUUAGAGACUUUCACCUAAAAGUUAUAAAUACUGUUUAAAAAGGCAUUAUGUGAGAGCUAAAUAUGCCUAUUGCAGGUCAUUUUUCUGGCUUCAAUUAUUAUGUAAACUAUUAUUUAGACAUUUAUUCAAAUGCCAAACCCAUAAUGAACUCUAUAGACCAUUGGGUGGCUUAGAUAUUGAGUGGAUUAUACAAUGUCCACCAUGUCUGUGUUUAGGCUAAUAUGGCCAGCCAAGAACAAAAUAUUCUGAUAAUGUGCGAUAUCACUCACAGACGCCUGACAAUAGAGCUCUACAAAGCUUUCUAUUCUUAAAUAUUGAGUCAUAUUUGGACUAAAAGUAAUACAAAUUUAAUUGUAUCCGCUUUCUGAAACACUAUAAAAAUAGCCAUUCAUAACUUUUAAUAAAGUACCUUAAUUUGACUGAAAUUUCAAUAUAUUCAUUUUUCAUUAUUUAUUUUUGUACUAUUAUAGCAAGUGCGAUUAGCUCUUUCUCUAAAUCUUGCAUAAUGCCUCUUUAAAAGUGUGUAUUUUUAUAAGUAAACAAUUGAAACACCUCUGAAAAUAGUUACAUUUUCAGAAGAACAUUCCUGGAAAAUUUCAUAGACAAAAUAUGAAAUUGAGAUUCCAGAAAUGUAUCAACUGAAUGGUUGGUUAUAUGGUAAUCAUUAUUAAUUAAUUUCAAAAUAUCAUUUAUUAAAUCUAUUUUGACUUUAUGUUGUGGCUUUUGUACAAAAAACUUAUUUCUCUUAAUUUGUUAUCUGUUUAUAAGAGAGUUAGCUAUGUUUACAUACAGCAAUGACAAGGGGUUAAUAUAGUCAAUGUACUAUACAGCACCCUGAUUAUAAUGUGCGUUAUUUUAUUAUUAUUAAAUGUAAUUUUUGUAAAGAUGUAAAUAUUCAAUGCUAGACGAUUGAUGUCCAUUCCAUACUAUGGACAUCAUAAUGAAAAUUGUUGCUGUUUAAAGUGCUAAUAUUUUAUAUAAUUCUAAUGAUAUUUAGUCAUCUGCUCAUAAAUGUAUUAUAAUAUUAUUAUAAUAUUAUAUUAAUGUAUAUAGUAUUCAACCCCCAAUUUCUUUUAAUGAUCUUUUAUAGAUUCUCUGGACUAGAAGGCUACAAGCUUUACAAUAUCCACAUAAAGUUGGUGGGGUGGAGUGAAAAAACUGCUAUUUUUAGAAAUUUUUCACUCUUUUAAUAUAGAAAAGACAAAAGUUAAUUGAUUUAUAUUAUUUAGUUAUAAGCUCAAUAAAUUCUUAAUUCUUACAACUUGAGUCUGAAAAAAUACAGCCCCAGUUGUGCUUCAUAUUUCUGAUUUCCCAUUGAUUUUAUUCUGGAUGACAUGAAAAGAUAGAAAACAUGCUUUAUUUUGGAUAAUAUGAAAGAUAGAAAACAUAUUUUUGGAAUUUUAUGUUCUCACCAAUAUCAAAACUGUGUAGUAUUGGUAUAUUCAGGACCAAAGUGGGUCUGAAGAUAAUUAAAUUAGAAUUUUGAGAUGGUUAUGCUUGGAGCUUAUAAGAUCUUCAGAUAAGUAAAUCAAGAUGGCUGGAUUAUAUUCAGAAUCCCUGGAUUAUAUGCAGAAUCUCUGAAUAAUCAACAGAAAGGAAGUAAUGAGUAGUGUUCAUUGAUCAAUUUGGUCAAAAAGUCACCCAGGCUAGGCGUUGGAUGGUUAACGCGUGCGCGUUGGAUCGUUUGUCCACUUCAUGGGUUUUCUCUGGGUUCUCCGGUUUACUCCCACUGCUAAAGACUCCUACCCUCAAGCAAAUUAUUAAAAUAAAAUUGAACCAUAUAUUAAUCCCAAAAUAACCUAGUUUGUGUCGAGUGACUCUCUCUCUCUCUCUCUAAGUGAAGAUAAAGCCUAAGUCAUCCAUGUGUCUUGAUAUAAUGCUGACUAAAUCAUGCUAAUAAUAUAACAAAUAUAAUGCCAAACUGUUGCACAGCGGUACUGCUGAUCAAUUUGAUAUAAUGCAAUAUACCACUCGGCAAACCGCGUCAGAUUCCGGUAACCUACAUGUAGGGUACUGGAAUCUGCUGAGGUUUGCCGAAUGGCAAUAUACAACACAGACAUAUAGUGCAAAUCUUUUUCUUUAAAAUUUUAAUGGACUGCCUAAAUAUAUGUUUCUGUUAAAUCACUAAAGAAUGCAAAUUAAAAUGUAAAAUCAGAA